AGAUGUCAAAAGUAAACAUGAAGCUUGCAAUUACAUUUAUUUUCGGCGUAUUCCUGUUACGAGAAUGCAAUGGGCAGAUCAUCGUCAACACUAACACUGGAGAAGUCAUGGGUAAAACAAUUAAUGUUUUAGGCAGGAAAGUUCAUGCCUUUUUAAGUAUUCCCUAUGCGAUUCCUCCGAUCGGUCAAUACAGAUUUCAUGUUUCUAUGCUUAACUUAUGGAAAAUCGUUUACAAUGCCACAGAAAAAACGCCCUCCUGCAUGCAAUGCCCAUUGAUACCGGAAUUCCCGUGGGUUCCGGAUUUAGAAAAUAUGAGCGAAGAUUGCCUUUACCUGAAUAUUUGGGUUCCUGCCGAGAACAAACAACAAUCUCCGUUAUCGACAAUGGUGUGGAUUCACGGAGGUGGAUACAACACGGGAUCGUCGAAUCUGGAUGUCUACGACGGAGGGGUGAUNAAAAAAAGACCCGCUGCAAUGUGUAGGGAUUUUAAUGCCUUUUUAAGUAUUCCAUAUGCGAUUCCACCGAUCAGUCAAUACAGAUUUUAUUCUUCUUUGCCUAACGUAUGGAAAAUCGUUUACAAUGCCACAGAAAAACCGUCCUCCUGCGUGCAAUGCCCAUUGAUACCGGAAUUCCUAUGGAUUUCGGAUUUAGAAAAUAUGCGCGAAGAUUGCCUUUACCUCAAUAUUUGGGUUCCGGCAGAGAACAAAGAACAAUCUCCGUUAUCGACAAUGGUGUGGAUACAAUUCACGGAGGGAGAUACAACGCGGGAUGGUCGAAUCUAG